AUGUCGUCGGUUCAGCAGUUUAUAGUCGUUGGCCUUCCAGGAUUUCAGGAUCAUGAAAGCAAACUUCUCUUUUCUGUAAUAUUCCUGAUUGCCUACCUUUUAAUUUGCCUGGGGAACCUCAGCAUUAUUGUCACAUUCAUGCUGGAUGAAAGCCUACACAAGCCCAUGUAUGCACUGAUUUGCACUCUGGCAAUCUUUGAUAUUUGUUAUUCAUCUUCCACUGUCCCAAGAGCACUGGCCGUUUUAAUGUUUGACUCCAACGUUGUAUCAUUUGCUGCUUGUUUUGCUCAAAUUUAUAUUUUUCAUGCUGUGGGAAGUUCACAGGCAUUUCUGUUCAUGCUGAUGGCAUAUGACAGAUUUGUGGCCAUCUGUAAUCCCCUACUGUACCCCACCAUUAUGACCAGCAGAGUCAUUCUAAAGCAGAUCGCUCUGUGUUGGCUUUGCGGAUUCAUUACACUCAUUAUUCCACUCAUUUUGGCUCUCAGGCUGCCCUUCUGUGGUCCGAAUAAAGUUACGCAUCUCUACUGUGACCACACCUCAGUGGUCAGACUGGCUUGUGCUGACAUUUCAGUCAACAGCAUUGUGACUUUGAUCGUCUGUCUCUCUGUUAUAUUCAUCCCCUUGGCAUAUAAUUUGUAUUCCUACACACGGAUCAUCACAUCUGUGCUCAAAAUUGCCAGUUCUGAAGGACGCACCAAGGCUUUCUCUACCUGCGGGUCACACCUAGUGGUAAUGUUUAUCACUUCUUUCACUGCUGCUGGUGUUUACAUUUCGUAUCGGAUCCCAGGAACUUCUGAAGAUAUGCGCAUACUAGCAGCAGUGCUGCAGACUAUAAUUCCACCCUUACUGAACCCUGUUAUAUACUGCCUGCGGAAUAAAGAGAUUAGAGACAGCAUUGUCAAAACUGUAAAAAGGUGUAUAAUAUCACCAUAG